UUUCUUCUUAAGCAGCAGACACACUUGACUCGCUUCAGAAGCGGACAGCAGCUCGACCCUCAACCAUGCGGACUCCGGGGAUCCUGAUAUUCGGCAUGGUCCUGGCCCCCUGCGGAUGGAUCCUGAACCUGACCAGCACAGUCGCGCCAAACUGGCGCACCAUCAACAACCUGGCAAACGAGCCUUUGGAUCUGGUGGUGGAACAGGGAAUCUGGGACAUCUGCAGAACCUCCACAACGUCUAGAUCCCAGCUGUGCAACCAGCAAGGCAACGACCAAAUUUAUUUUAACAGCCAGAUCAUUCCGAUCGCUAAAGGAAUGAUGGUCGCGUCGUUGAUUGUGACAUUGCUCGGCCUGGCGUUGGCAACACCUGGAGUCAGAUGCUGGAAGGACAGACCCAGAUGGGUACUGGCUUCUUUGGGUGGCCUCCUUAUCUUCUGCUCCGGAGCCCUGACCAUCAUUCCCAUUGCGUGGUACACUCAUAUCCUCACCAGCAUCAAUUCCACCUCCGUCAAAAGAGAUCCAAACAGAGCAGAUGACAUUCGUGUCGGCUACUGCAUCAUUUUGGGCUACAUCGGAGGCAUCAUGGAGGUCCUCGGGGGUUUUGUGAUGUUCCUCGGGAUUUUCUCCUGCUGCGGUGGACGCAUCCGCGGAGAAAAGUCUCGAACCUACACAACACAACGGCCAGCAACAGACAGACCGACGCCUCUGCCGAGGGUCAACGUACCGAGAAGCUUCAGCAGGAACACUGAAAGCAGCGUGCCGUACUCGCAGAAGUCACUAGACGAUGACCUGGACUUCCCAAGAGCCAAACCCCGAGACAGAGGAUCCGUCAACACAUCCUACACUGGAAGACCUUACGAUGCUGAUCUGUGAAAUGACUAACCUAGUCAGUACAUACUGUGAAUAUUUUGUGAGAUGUAACAACUGUUAAAGACCUGAGAGAUGUUAGAACAGCUGCACUAAAUUAAGGUUCUUUGUUGACACUGAUGUUUCAUUUAGAACCUUUAACAUCCUUUCGAUUGCACAAAAGUUCUUUAUAUUUAGAUUUUAGGGUACUUUAGAAGAAAUGUUUUAUUUUUACUGAAAGGCUGCCAAAAAGGUUCUUAUAUGGAACCACUGCACAAAAAAAAAGAAGAAAAAAAAGCUUUAUUUUUAAGAUGAUUAUACACUUUUUCUUUUACAAGUAUUUUACAUGUUUACACCAGUUACUGAUUGUGCUUGCCAGUUGCACUCUUAUGCUAAGCAACAUGAAGGUUGUAAAUAGACAAAAUGUAACUUCCUGCCGAAAGAUUGACUAAAAUCAACUCAUGCAUCUUAAUGGAAGAUAUAAGCUAAUGAUAUAUCACUAUACAUACUGUAAGAUUGUAUAAAAACAAGCUCAUUUGAAAAAUGAAUUGUGCAAUAUUUUCCUUUGCUGUGGAAAAACAGCCUGAAGUUAGUCAAAAGAGGUCUCUGAUGCAGUGUAACUAGUAAUACCGGUCGUGUCAGUUUUAUCUCCAUUGCAUGCUCUGCAGCAUGUGGGUCAUGUUUGAAUUGUCAGCUGAUCUGUGAGUCAUGUGAACAAUGAAGUGAUAGAUAUGAAGUAUAUUGCUCCACAACAUUAAGUUUGCUGUAUUAAAUACCUAGAUUUUGUGUUGUUAUUUUAUUUUUACAUUUAAACCUGUGGCUAUACAUUAAUAUCACAUAUAAAUACUUCCUGCCAUUGCAUAAUAAAUGAUCAGCUGCUUCUUGUAUGACAGUAUGCAGACAGCGUAUACCUUCAGUCUGGAAGUACAAAACAAACUUGCCUGUUACACAACAAAAUAAAAAAUGUAUUACAACAAUAAAUGAAUAAAGUUAAUCAUUAACUAUAAAACAGAUACAUAUAAGGGCAGCAGUGCAAAUGAGGUCAAAUGCUCUUACAGAUAAAAGAAGAAGAGGGUAAAUAAGAUUAUAAUGACUUUAUUUGACUGUAAUUUCCCAUUGGGGUCAAGGUUUGUGUAAUAAAGUACUAUUUAUUAAAAGCAAA